AUGGCGUCCAAGUCCAGUGUGCCGACGCAGAAUGACAUUCUGAUUCCUGAGACGCUGCUGAAGAAGCGGAAGUCUCAGGAGAAGGCUCGCGAGGAGCGCGCGAUUGCCACGAGAGAAAAGAGAGAGAAAGCCAAGAAGAAGCGCGGCGUCAUCUUUACGCGAGCUGAAAAGUACGUGAAGGAAUAUCGCGACGCCGAGAAGGAGCGGAUCCGGUUGUCACGCGAAGCCAAGAAGAGCAACAGUCUAUAUGUGCCAGCGGAGAACAAGCUUGUGUUUGUUGUGCGCAUCAAGGGAAUCAACAAGAUUGACCCGAAGAAGCGGAAGACACUUCAGCUGUUGCGCCUCCUGCAAAUCAACAAUGGCGUCUUCAUCAAGCUUACCAAAGCGACCAUGGAGAUGCUGAAGAUUGUAGAACCAUUUGUGGCGUACGGCUAUCCGAAUCAGAAGUCGGUGCGCGAGCUCAUCUACAAGCGCGGAUACGGUAAAGUGGACAAGCAAAGGCUACCGUUGACGGACAAUGAGAUCAUCGAGGAGAACCUUGGCAAGUAUGGGAUCAUCUGUAUGGAGGAUCUCAUACAUGAGAUUUACACGGUGGGACCCAACUUCAAGCAAGCCUCGAACUUCUUGUGGCCCUUUCAGCUGAACAACCCGAAUGGGGGAUUCCGCAAGAGGAAGUUUAAGCAUUUUGUUGAGGGUGGUGACCUGGGCAACCGGGAAGAUCAGAUCAACGAGCUGAUUAGGCAGAUGAACUAG